GACUACAGAAUCAAUACAAGAAUACAAUCAAGAUGAAAUCUCCUAUUGUUGUAGUGACUGUAGUGAUCAGCAUUCUAUUCCCAGCUGAUGCAUUUCAUUCUAAUUAUUUUGAUGCCAUUAAAGGUUGCAAGCAGUACGGCCAUGAGGGGAAUUAUAAUGAUCCACUGACUUACAUUCCGAUAACUGAUCUGCAAAAUUUGGGAUUUACAAACAAGUCCAUGUUCUUUAAGAUAGCCGUGCAAGGAAACUACGAUGGAAUCCUACGCUUCGGUGAUUCCUUGUAUCCGUACAACAAGGAGGUGAUAGAGAUUGUAUUUGGAGGAUGGACUAACACGAAAAGCGCUGGAAGACGACAGCAUCGAACUGCAUCAAACAAAGCCACAAACACCGUGCUUGCCGAGGUACAGACACCUAAGCUAUUGUCUGCCGACCGACCAACCAUGUUUCUGGUGGAACUGUUUGAUGAUGGUACGAUUCAGGUUAGGAUCGAUGGACAGGAUCAUCCUUUCCUUUUAUUCAACGAUGCGAAGAUGAUACCUUUCUACUACAUGGCCUUUACCAAGGGGAGCAAGGAUAUGGUAUAUUUCUACGAUUGUCCAGUGGAUAAGUACGCUAAGAUUUGUUACGAAGAUAGUAAAAUGUACGUGUAUCGAGAUGAAGAUAGCCUUAAUGAAUCAAAAUGGGAGACUGCUAAAAAUCAAAGUAGUGUAUAAGCAAGAAGCUGAAUCGAAUUUCGUACGAUAGAAGUAGAGCCUUGUGUGAAGAUAAAGGGAAGAAGAGAAAGGAAUACUAACAUAUUGAAAGAUAAGUAUAUCUCUUGUUUCGAAAUAAGUCCAUAUGACAACAGGAAAUAUAAUAGGCAUUAGAAAAUAUCAAUUAUAUACAUAAAUACAGCAAA